CAGAAGAUGUCGAACAUAAAAUAAAUGUCAAUUUUGAUGCCAUUGGGUCAGGCUUAGGAAUGGAUUUGGCUCAGGAAGGCCAAACGACAGCGACCAACCUUACAGGGACAAGGGUCACUGACAGCAGGAUUAGCAUAAUUAGCACUUCCCCUUUUACUGAGGAUUCCACAAACUGCUUAUCAAGAGGCUCUGACUGGCCUUUCUGUUUAUCUGAUGGUGAAGUCACAUUUUCUGUACCUAAUUUUUUUAACCACACCCGGGCAGAGGAUGUGGUAGCUGUGUUAAAUGAAUGGGGUUGGCUCCUGCGUUCAGGCUGCCACUAUGGUUUGGAAUGGUUUUUUUGCCUACUACUGGCACCAAGAUGCCAUCAGCCCUCUGAGAGACCUGGGAUAGCCCUGCUACCCUGCAGGACUUUCUGUGAGGUGCUGCUGGACAGCUGCUGGACAGUCCUACAGGAGAGGGGCCUGCCUGUGGCCUGCCACACCCUCCCCGAGGGACCAGAGCCCAGUCAGUCAUGCCUAACCGUUAGUAACCACAAAGCAGAGAGUGGAAUCUCCCUGCUGCAGCUAAUUGGAAACCCUCCGCCUGAAGGCAUCACCAGGGUUAUAAACGAACAAACUGUUUACCUCUUUACAAAGGAUACCAACACAAAACAGAUGGCACGUGCCCACCUUCCCACACCCUUCUUCCGAGACUUCUCUCUUGUCUUCCAUGUGAAGCCCAGCUCUGAAGACGCUGGAGUCCUCUUCUCCAUCACCGAUUCCAAAGAAAAGAUCAUGUACGUCGGGGUCAAGCUCUCAGCAGUGAAGGAUGGCAAAAGAAAGGUUAUUUUUUAUUACACAGAGCCCAGUUCAUCUACAUCUCAAGAGGUGGCCAGCUUUGAGGUGGAACACAAGCCGCAAGAGUGGAGCCGCUUCUCUCUCGCUGUUAGCCUGGACCGGGUGUCUUUCUACGAGGACUGUGAAUCGGAGCCCAAGGUGGUAAACUUUGAGCGCUCACCCGAUGACUUGGAGCUGGAAGCACGCUCCAAGAUCUUUGUAGGACAAAGUGGAACUGAUGACCCAGACAAAUAUCAAGGCAUGAUCUCAGAGUUAAGGGUGGUCGGAAACCCACGAGCUGCAGAGCGUCAUUGUAAUGAUGCCGACGACGAUGAUGAUUAUGAUGACUAUGACGGUUCUGGAGAAAAUGGAAGUGGAACAGAUGGCGGAACCAAUAUGAAUCUUAAUUUAGCCCUGCCUCCUCAACCAGCUUCAACUGGACGUAAGCCUAAGUUGGACACAGAUGAACAUCAGAAAUAUACAGAGCCAAACCGUAGUUCAGCCACUCUCUCCAGCACAAGUGAAGUGAAGGGCAAUCGUGGAGAAAAAGAAUUGAAGGGUAGUACUGGGUCUGGAUAUCCUGGCCCCAAAGGUGAUCGAGGGCCUCCAGGACCACCUGGUCCGGCUGGACCGGCUGGACCCCAGGGUCCAGUAACAGAAGUGGUACACGCAGAGAAUAUAAAUGUGAAGAAGGUAGAGGGUCCAAUGGGUCAACCAGGUCCAGAGGGUCCACAGGGGGAGCCAGGUGAACCAGGGCAGGAUGGCAAACCUGGCCCUGAAGGACCUCGAGGUUUUCAAGGACUGCCUGGUACAACAGGAUCUAAAGGACAGAAGGGACAGAAAGGGGAAGGACAUCUAGGCCCUAGAGGCCCACCUGGGCCACCUGGACCACCUGGACCCUCAAUCUCAGACAAGACUACAUUUAUGGAUAUGGAGGGUUCUGGAUCUGGACCGCAUUCAUGUUGUCAUCCUGGUCUACCUGGGCCUCCUGGGCUUCCUGGACCACCUGGGCCCCCAGGACCUGACUGGCCAACCCAAUCAGAAGUAGAAGCUGGCCCUACUGGUCUCCCUGGACAAAAUGGGUUCCCUGGGCGUCCUGGGCUCCCAGGUCGGCCUGGAAAGCCUGGUCCUCCUGGUCCUCCAGGCCAAAAGGGAGACUGUGGUGAUCUUGGCAUGACUGGAGGUGCAGGGGAAAAGCAAAGCUCUGCUUCCUCUUUUUUCUCCAAUUGGUUUCCUUCCUGGGAGACUAGUGGGGCACAGGGUCCCCAGGGUUCUUCAGGAAUCUCAGGGCCAGAAGGUAUGGAGGGGCCACCUGGGCCUAUGGGACCUCAAGGACCUCCAGGACCACCAGGGCCCCCCGGACCAGCUUUCAGAAUAACUACUGAUGGGAAAGAAAAAGAAGUUGAUCUUCAAUACAUUCCAGGAGUCAUGGGGCUACCAGGUCCACAGGGACCUCAGGGGAUACCUGGACUACCAGGAAAAUCUGGUUUACCGGGUAUUUUAGGUCAGAAAGGUGAAGAAGGUCAAAGAGGACGAGAGGGUUUUCCAGGGUUAGAUGGCUUUCCGGGAAAAAUAGGGUUAAAGGGCGAAAGAGGAUGGAAAGGUGAAAAAGGUGAUGCUGGCCGUGCAGUAGGGCCCCCAGGGCCUCCAGGGCCACCAGGUCCUCCAGGACAAAUGAUCUAUAAUAAUGGCAGUACAAAUAAAGAAUAUGGAACCCCUGGACCACAGGGUGCACCUGGUAUAGCUGGUCAGGCAGGAUUCCCUGGACCGAUUGGUCCAAAAGGUGAUCGGGGGGAAGCUGGACUUCCAGGAGACUCUAUCAAGGGUCAAAAGGGUGAACCUGGCCUGAUCAUAGACUCCAGUGGUAACCCCAUUUCCACGGAUGGACAGCUGGGACCAGUUGGGCCUUCCGGACCAAAAGGAGAAAUAGGAUUACCAGGCAGACCAGGUCGUCCUGGACUAAAUGGUAAAAAAGGACAGAAAGGCGAUUCAGGUGGAGGAUAUGGUUAUGGCUAUCAGGGCCCCCCUGGGCCGCCUGGGCCGCCUGGUCCUCCAGGACCCCCGGUUUCUGUGGGACGAUAUGACGGUUAUGACGACGGUAGCUCGAGAUUUCCCUAUGCUAUCAAAGGGGACAAGGGUGAAAGAGGAGCACCUGGCAUCCCUGGCUUGCCAGGUCUUACGACGACCUUUGACAUUUAUGCAUUUAAGAAUGAGAUGAAAGGGGAGUUCGGUCCUAAAGGAGAGAAGGGAGAGCCAGGAGCAGGUUACUAUGACCCUCAUCAUAGUGGAGCACAAGUUCUACCCGGAAGACCUGGACCCCCGGGCCCUAGAGGAGAAUCUAUUAGUGGACCACCAGGACGUCCAGGGCCCCCAGGGCCUCCUGGAGCCCCAGGAAUCGGUUAUGAUGGUCGCCCAGGUAGUCCUGGCCCACCAGGUCCACCUGGAUCACCGGGAGCAUUGCUGCCAGGUGUACACCGACCCUCACAAACAAUCAGUAUUCCUGGGCCUCCUGGACCUCCUGGACCCCCUGGACCCCCAGGACAUUCUGGACAUUUAACUGGGGUUAUGGUUUUGAGGUCUGUUGACACCAUGGCUGCAACAACUAUCCGGUAUCCAGAAGGCACGCUAAUCUAUGUAAAAGACAACAGAGAACUUUAUAUGAGAGUACAUGAUGGCAUCAGAGAAAUCAUGCUUGGUGAAUACACCCCAUUCCCCAAGGGUCUGGACAACCAGAUGGAAGUGGUUGAGUACCCUCAGGACUACCCCACAACCUCUCCCCAACAAGGCCCUCCACAUCCAGGGGCCCAGUACCCCGUGCCACUUGAUCCCAGACUCCAGCCAUCAUAUGACCCACACCAUAGAUAUACAUUUCCACAUUACUAUUCUCCAACUGAUCCACGACACUCUCCAUCAGUCGAUUCAACUUACCAGCACCAUCCUGAUUCCAGAAAGCACAUUCCCAGCAGCCACCCGGAUCAUUCUGGCUAUCCUGACAGCAGAUAUGAACGUACACACCACCAUAGGCCUGUCAUUCAGGAAGCUAUGCUUCCAGCUCACACACACACAUCAGGCCGUGCACUGCACCUGAUUGCUCUCAACUCACCAAAGCUGGGCGACAUGCAGGGUAUUAAAGGUGUAGAUCACCUGUGCUACUUGCAGGCCCAAGCUAUUGGGCUCAAAGGAACGUUCAGGGCUUUCCUGUCAUCCAGGUUACAGGAUCUAUACAGUAUCGUUCGGCAGAACAACAGGGAACUGUUACCCAUAGUCAAUCUUCAAGACGAGGAAUUAUUCAGCAGUUGGGAAGCCAUCUUUAGUGGCUCAGAGGGCAAGAUGAAUGAUAACGUACGCAUCUAUUCAUUUGACGGGAGAGAUGUUCUCGAUGACGACGCCUGGCCAGAGAAGAUGGUGUGGCACGGAUCAAGCACUCAAGGAAGCAGGCAGACGGACAGCUACUGUGAAACAUGGCGAACAGGUAGUCAUGCUGUCACCGGCAUGGCGUCCUCUCUCCAGGAAGGCUACCUACUUCAGCAGCUCACGCGUGGCUGCAGCAGCUCCUUUAUCGUACUGUGCAUCGAGAACAGCUACAUUGCUGAGUGAACCAAAAUUUUCACACCAAAAAAUGAAACUUUUGUGACAAACCGUCACACUGUUUUAUGAUGGAUGGCUAUAUUGUGUGUUCAUUGACAUGAAUUUUAGAUUUAAUUUUUUUAUGUAUUAACUGCUGUGGAACACCCAUUUGUUUCAAAACAACGAUAUACUUUGCGUUUUACAUCACAUGCCUUAGAACAAACACAUUUUGUCUUAAUGAAAUACUUGAGCAUUAAAUUUGAUUAAAGCUAAAUUCAGGGGUAAAAUCACUGUUUUAUUUUUAUUUGUUUGUAACAAAAAUGUACAUAUUGUAUGUUCACGAAUACAGGGCAGUAUAGAACAGCCUCAGGCAAGAAAAUACAGCUUAUUUUAAAAUGGACAUUCGCAAGUGCCUUCACAAUAUAUUGCCAAAGGCUACAUUCUAAAUUUUAAUAACUAAUUCUCUUUAAACUGCUUUGUUGUCAUAACCGUUUUCAUUGACGUUUGUAUUUGAUUUUAUGUAAACGUAUCUAUGUAACCUUUCUACAUUUUUAUACUUUGCAAGUCAGUAACGUCAAACAUUCCAUGAUGUAAUGCAAAACGACUGGUUGACUUUCUCUAUAGAAAGAUGACGACUAUUAAUAAAAAUAAGGAAAUCGUUGUUUUUGUAUUAUUUAUUUCGGCUUGGUUUUUACACAUAACCUGAAUGGAAUCUUUAAGAGUUGCAGCUCUGUACUUUUAGACUUCAAAUGUGGCCGCUAAAAAUAUCAAAGACAUUACUUUUAUUUUUACUGUAAUUCAAUGGCACUUAAUAAACAAUUACAACCU